CCUCGAAAUAGAAGAACUCCAGAGUUCUCCUCUCAGACUACCUGGCGCCGGCGCCACUGGGACUCCUUUCCUUAACCACCUGAGAACUCGGUGACAACUCCCGCCCAAGGCUAGAUUUGUUGAGCCGCUAGUCGGGCCAUCUGCGCUUGCGCACUCCUAGGAGUUGCCGCAACUCCCAGAAGUCUCUGGGUCCGGGAGGUGGGCAAGGCGGUCUGUCUUCCGGGUUUCCCAUCCCGUUACUUUCACUGCCUGGACUCCUUUGCCUACGCGGGUCUGCAGUCCUGACUGGUCUGGCUUGGGCUGCAUUUCCCCAGGAAACCUGGAUCUCUGGCUCCCUUUCCGGUUUAGGUUUUCCAGCUUCUGUGCUUUUCUGAUAGAGAAACCCUGAGUACUGAAUAGCUCUAUCUGGUAUAAGCCCAUGGCCUGUGUAUCCAUAUCAUUCAGGGAUGUAGCCAUAGACUUCUCUCAUCAGGAGUGGGAAUAUCUCCACUGGGUCCAGAGAACUGUAUACCGGGAAGUGAUGAUGGAAAACUAUGGUAACUUGGUCUCAGUGGAGACAGAGUCUCACUUUACCGCCUUCGGUAGAGUGCCAUGAUGUCACAGGACUCACAGCAACCUCUAGCUCUUGGGCUUCCGUGAUUCUCCUGCCUCAGCCUCCCAAGCAGCUGAGACUACAGGCGCCGCCACAACGCCUGGCUAUUUUUCGGUUGCAGUUCAGCCGGGGCUGGGUUUGAACCCGCCACCCUCGGUAUAUGGGGCUGGCGCCCUACUCACUGAGCCACAGGCGCCACCCCAUAAUUUUUCUAUUGUAAUUUUCAAGGUUGCCUUUCAAAAUACCAGCUAGAUUUCUUUCCUUUGUUCUGAUGGAAAUGGUUAGAGGUUUGUCGGUUGGAAAUGGUAACUCUAUUAAACACUUUCAUCUUCUCUUUCGGUGACAUUCACACAUCCUUCUUUUGUCUUUUUUUCCUUCAUGGUAAGUGGUUUAGUUAGAAUUUUCUGGUGUUCGACAUAGAACAUUUGUCAGAGGAUCCAGGUUUAUUAUUUUUUAUUUGUGCUCAGAAUAAAUGCAGUGCUCCAUUUUAUGAUCUGAUCCAGUUGCAGGGAUGUUUGCUCUACAAAGGGUCCUGGAUUGCUGUCAUUAUCAAAGGAGAUCCUCUUCAUAUAGUGGUUGGAUAAAUGGAAUUCACUUAAAACUGAGGAGAAAGCAGUCCAUUUCCUAAGAUGGAGUUCAUUUGAUGUGUAUGUGUGUGUGUGUAUUUCUGGAGAGAGUCUUGCUCUAUCACCCAGGCUACUAUGCAGUAGUGCACUCAUAGCUCACUAACCUCAAAUUCCUGGGCUUAAGUGAUCCUCCUACAUCAGCCUCUGGAGUAGCUAGGACUAUAGGCAUGUACCACCAUGCCUGGCUGAUUUUUAGAUUUUGUUUUUUUUUAGAGUUGAGGGAGGUCUUACUAUGUUGGUUAGGUUGGUCUUGAACUCCUAAUCUCAAGGGGUUUUCCUGCUCCAGCUUCCCAAAGUGUGGAGAUUAUGAUGUGAGCUACCAUGCCCAGCCAGACUUCAUUUGAGUUAUAUAUGGUUGUAAUCCAUGAAAAUGACAUGUCAAGUGGGGUGAAUAUGUUAUAGGUAUCUCUUCUUUUAUGCUCUUUGUAAAAUGAUUACAGCGCAUACUAAUAUUAAUAGCUAACAUUGUCAUUACUGUGUACCAGACAUUUUUCUAAGCAGUUUACUUAUAUAUCAGCUAAUUUAGUCCUUCCAAUUGCCCUAUUAUUUUCCAGUUUCACUAGUGAUAAUACUGAAGUUUAAAUAAAUAAAGUAAGUUUAAGUGACUUGUCCAAGGUCAAACACAACUGGAGAGUGGCAAAGUCAGGAAUAGAUCCUAGAUUCCACAAUAUGUUUCCACCUCAUUAUGCUUGCUGUCUAGAAGUAGAGGACAUAUGAAUUUAAAUUUAUUUUUAAAGAACAGAGAAAUAAAAACAUUAUGACUUUCCAUAGGUGAUCUCUUUUUCUUUCUCUUACUCUUUUGUAAAUUCUUAUUCAGUUUUACUUUGACUAUUUAUUGCAAUUGUAAUUAUAAUUUUUGACUUCCAAUGUUUAUUUCCAUAUUUUGUGGCACUUCUUUUCUUUUUAAGCAGGACAUUCCAUGUCUAAGCCAUAUAUAAUUACUUUAUUGGUUGGUAAUUGGAUGGUUGUGAGUGAAGAAACAAGAAAAGACUGUACAGGGUCCUGCUUCCGGACUGGACCUCCCGCUCCCAAACCCGGCCUGGCUCGCCUGGGAGUGGCCGCGGCCCCGCCCCCGCCCCCCGGCGCGCAUGCGCACUCUCUGCCGGCCCGCGCUCUCCAGGAUCACGGCAGGCUCCUUACGCCGAGCGGUUCUGCGAGUCGCUUGAGGCCGGAUCGCCGGAGACAGAUUCGCGCGUGACAGCUGCUUUUCUGGGGGAAACGAGCACGCUACGGGCCCGGGUCUGCAGACCGGGGUGGAAGUGGAGAAAAGGUGGCGAUUACUUUUGGCCAGAACUGCGUGGAGGAUUGAUUCUGACCAAGCCAAGAAAAGCCUGGGGUAUCAUGAACCAUGUCUGCUUCCCCAGCCCUGCUGGUUUCCAGAGACCGCCCUUGAGAAGGGGGAACGAAUUGCUGAUACUUUAAAAGCCGUGUUCCUCUCCGGCUUCUGUCCACCCUGCUUCUCCAAUAAAGGAACUUUCUGGAAAACUGACCAGUUCUUGAAAUUCUGAAAUUAUGGCUCAUGAUUUGGUGAUGUUUAGAGAUGUGGCUGUAGACUUUUCACAGGAAGAGUGGGAAUGUCUGAACUCAUAUCAGAGGAAUUUGUACAGAGAUGUGAUAUUAGAGAACUAUAGCAACUUGGUGUCAUUGGCAGGCUGUUCCAUUUCUAAGCCAGAUGUGAUUACCCUGUUGGAACAAGGGAAGGAGCCCUGGAUGGUUGUGAGGGAUGAGAAAAGAAGAUGGAGCCUGGAUUUGGACUCCAAGUGUGACACUGAAAUGUUAUUUCAAAAAAAGGAUAUUUAUAAAAUGAAUUUAUCUCAAUGGGAAAUAGUGGAAAGAAUUAAGAACUGUGCACUUGAAGACUCCCUUUUCAGAAAAGAUUAUGAAUGUAAAAAGUUUGAGGGACAAGAAAAUCUUCAGGAGGUCUAUUUUAGGCAACUGACAAAAACUACCUCUGAAAAAAUGCACAUUUACAGAAAACACACAUCUCUUGUGCUCUAUCAAAGAAGUCAUAAUAAAGAGAAGCCCUAUGAAUGUGGGGAAUGUGGAAAGGCUUUUAGAGUACGCCAACAACUUACUUUUCAUCAAAGAAUUCACACUGGUGAGAAACCUUAUGAAUGUAAAGAAUGUGGAAAAGCCUUUAGACAGUGUGCCCACCUUAGUCGACAUCAGAGAAUUCAUACUUCUGACAAACUCUAUGAGUGUAAAAAAUGUGGAAAGAUCUUUACAUGUGGUUCAGACCUUCGACUUCAUCAGAGAAUUCAUAUUGGCGAGAAGCCAUACGAAUGUAAGGAAUGUGGGAAAGCGUUUAGAGUGCGAGGGCAACUUAAUCUCCAUCACAGGAUUCACACUGGUGAGAAACCCUAUGAAUGCAAGGAAUGUGGGAAGGCCUUUCGACAGUAUGCACACCUUACUCGACAUCAGAGACUUAAUAACAUUGCUGAGAAAUGCUAUGAGUGUAAGGAAUGUGGUCAGGCUUUUCUGUGUAGUACAGGCCUUCGAAUCCAUCACAAACUUCAUACUGGUGAGAAACCGUAUGGAUGUAAGGAGUGUGGAAAGGCCUUUCGAGUGCGGCAACAACUUACUCUUCAUCAGAGAAUUCACACUGGUGAGAAACCCUAUGAUUGUAAGGAAUGUGGGAAGACCUUUAGUCGUGGCUAUCAUCUAACUCUCCAUCAGAGAAUUCAUACUGGUGAGAAACCUUAUGAAUGUAAGGAAUGUCAGAAGUUCUUUCGUCGUUACUCAGAACUUAUUUCGCAUCAGGGUAUUCAUAUUGGAGAGAAACCUUAUGAAUGUAAGGAAUGUGGGAAGGCCUUUAGACUGUUCUCACAACUUACUCAACAUCAGAGUAUUCAUUUUGGUGAGAAACCCUAUAAAUGUAAGGACUGUGAGAAGACUUUUAGAUUGCUCUCUCAACUUACUCAACAUCAGAGUAUUCAUACUGGUGAAAAACCCUAUGAUUGUAAGGAAUGUGGAAAGGCCUUUAGACUUCAUUCAUCACUUAUUCAACAUCAGAGAAUUCAUUCUGGUGAGAAACCAUACAAAUGUAAGGAAUGUAAGAAGGCAUUUAGACAACAUUCACAUCUUACUUACCAUCAGAGAAUUCAUAAUGUAAAUGCAUAAUUAUAAGAACUCUUUCAUUAUGAAUUGUUAAUUUGGUGAGAAACCCCAUAAAUGUAAGGAUUAUGAGAAGACUUUUAGAUUGCUCUCUAAAUUAUAAUUCAAAUUCAAAUUCUACAGGAAAAGGUUUCGAAUGUAUGAAUCCCCUUUUCUUCAUGCUCACAAUUAGCAUAAUAACUUAUUUAAAGGAAAAAUAUAUUUAAUGAAUAUAUAGAAGCUUUUUAUCACCAUUCCAGCCAUGUUAAACUUUAGGAAAUUUAUUUUGAAAAGGAACUUUAUUUUUAAAAAUGAAUGUAGAAAAGCUUUUCAUUUUAGUUAUUAUCAUCUAUAUUAUUCUGUGUAUUAUAUGAAGGUUGCCAAGGCAUGAACUCAGUCCGAAAAUUAAUAAAUAAAAUGAAAUAAAUGUAAUUUAGCCUGCAUUUCCUGUAUGAACUGUCAUUCAGGACAACCAGAAGUUGAGGCAAAGUUCUUUUGUAUUAGAGAAUUCCAGCUAAAGAAUACAGAAUCAGAAAUAGAAAAUUGUAUUAGAAAACUAUCUCAUAACACAUAGUGCAGCAGUUCUCAACCUGUGGGUUGCUACCCCUUUGUAACAAUGAAAAUACAUCGUGGCAUUAGGAAGGUUGAGAACCACUGACAUAAUGAAAUAAUAGAUUGAGGCAUGAAUCUCAGGUUACAUCAUCAAGUGAAAGGUUAACACAAACUUUACAUUAAAUAGAUCAGUCUGAUAACAUCUGAAUGCACUGAUCAGUCUUCGCAUUACAAAUAGUGAGACAAUAAGAUAUAUGCCUCCUAAUGUGAUACAAUAAGAUAUACACAUUUUGCUGAAAAGAUUGAACCUGAAUUUAAUUGUCAAGAUCUAACUCCUAGUUUAGAGAAAAAUCAAGAACAAAUUAUAUGACAUAACAAGAAACAAACGUAAAAUGUGGGUAACUCUACAAGAGGAAUGUCCUUAUUUCUCAAGCAAUAAGAUGGCAUUUAAAAUAAGGUGAAACUCUUAGAAUUGAAAAAGAUUUCAAUCAAGUGCAAUGAAAGAGUGAUCCUUACUUAGAUCCUGAGUUAACAAACAUGUAAAGAAAAGACAUUUUUACAACAACUGGGAAAAUGGGAAUAUUUGCAGUAUUAGAUAGUAGUAAGAAACUUUUUAUUAGGUGUGAUAAUAAUAGCAUUGUGGUUAUGUAACAGUCUAUUUGUUAAGAGAUACAUUCUGAAGUUUGUACCCAUGAUGUGAUGCCUGGAAUAUUCUUUUGCAAAAGAAAAGUGAGGAUGAAUAACUUAAGUUUGUCAAAAUGAUGUUAACCCAAGUCUUGGAUAUAUGGCUUUUGUUUUUCUUGUUCUCUCUACUUUUAUGUAUUUGAAAAUUUCCAUAAUGUUUAAUUAAGGAUAAAAUAACCUUGAAAUUAUAACCAGUUUGGAAUGAGUGAUUUUGUUUUUUUUAAGACAGAAUCUUACUGUGUCACCCUAAGUAGAGUGCUCUGGUGUCACAGCUCACAGCAACCUCACUUGGGCUUAAGUGAUUCUCUUGCCUCAGCCUCCCAAGUAGCUAGGACUACUGCCACAACGCCCAGCUAUUUUUGGUUGUAGUUGUCAUUAUUGUUUGGCAGGCCCAGAUUGGAUUCGAACUACCCAGCUCCAGUGUAUGUGGCUGGCGCCCUAGCUGCUGAGCUACAGGCACCAAGCCAGAAGGAAGUGAUUUUUAAAAAAGAUGUCUAUAUAUCAAAAUUGUGGAUGUUGCCAAAGCUCUAUACAUUGGGAUGUUAAAUACACAUAAUGUAUUCAGGAAGUUAACAUUGAGGGUCCAAACUUAAUGUGGUUCACCUCUUAAAAAUUUUUUUUCAAACAGGGUCUUGCUCUGUCAUCCAGGCUGGAGUACUGUGGUGGCAUCUUAGCUCACUGUAACCUCAAACUCUUGCUCUCUAACAAUCCUUUUGCCUUAGCCUCUCAAGUAGCUGGGACUAUACAGGCCAUGUGCUACCAUUCCCCGUUUUCUGUUUUUGGUUUUGUUUUUUUUUUAUAUACAUAUAUUUUUUAAGAUAGAGUCUUACUUUGUCACCCAUAGUACAGUGCCAUGGUGUUAGUUCACAGCAACCUCAAACUCAUUCAAGUGAUUCUCUUACCUCAGCCUCCCAAGUAGCUGGGACUACAGGUGCCCACCACAACAAGCAGCUCUGGCUUUUUUAGAGACAAGGUCUUGCUCUGGCUCAAUCUGGUCUCAAACCUGUGAGCUCAGGCAAUUCACCUGCCUUGGUUCCCAGAGUGCUAGGAUUAUAGGCAUGAGCCACCAUGCCCGGCCUGUUUGUCUGUUUUUGUUUUUUUUUUUUUUUUUGGUAGAGCUGCGAUAUUGUUCUUGCUUAGGCUGGUCUCAAACUCCUGGCCUCAAGCAGUCUUUCCUUCUCAGCCUCCCAGAGUACUAGGAUUACAAAUGUGAGACAUUAUGCUCAGACUCUAGUUCACCUAUUACAGCACCUGUCCCCUAGUAGGCACUUUAUGUGUUUCAAGGUUGAGUAAAAACAAUUACUACAAGUAAAUGGAAUUUAAUGGACAACUCAUGUGCUAUCGGAUAUGGUAGUCACUAGCAAGAUGUUGAGCACUUGAAAUUGCCAUAUUGAAUACUAGAAAUGUGGCUAGUCCAAAUUACAAAGGCAUUAAAUGUAAAAUACAAGAUUUUGAAGACUUAGUUUUAAAAAUAAGAACGUUAAAUCUCUCAUUUUUUUCUGUUGCAUACAUCCUGAAAUAAUAUUUUAGGUAUGUGGGUUCAAAUAAAAUAUGUUAAAAUUAAUUUUUUUUUUUGAGACAGUCUCAAGCUAUCACUCUGGGUAGAGUGAUGUGACAUCACAGCUCACAGCAACCUCCAACUCUUGGGCUUAAGUGAUUUUCUUGCCUCAGCCUCCCAAGUAGCUGGGACUACAGGCGCCUACCACAACACCGGACUUUUUGUUUGUUUGUUUGCAGUUGUCAUUGUUGCCCAGCAGACCUGGGCUGGGUUCGAACCCACCACUCUACGUAUAUGUGGCCGGCACCCUUGCCAACUGAGCUACAGAUGCUGCCCACUUUUUUUUUUGAGACAGAGUCUCACUAUGUCACCUUUAGUAGAGUGCCAUGGCAUCCCAGCUCACAACAAACUCAAACUCUGGCUUAAGCAAUUCUCUUGCCUCAGCCUCCCAAGUAGCUGGGACUAUAGGUGCCCACCAUGCCUGGCUAUUUUCUGUUGCAGUUGUCAUUGUUGUUUAGUUGUUCUGGGCGAGGCUGGAACCCACCAGCCUCAGUGUAUGUGCCUGGCACUGUAACCACUGUGCUAUGGGUGCUGAGCAUUAUUGCACUUUUUAAAAAUUUUAUUUUAAUUUUUUUAAUUGCACCUUUUUUUUAGUGUGACUACUGGAAAAUCUAAAAUUAUAUACAUGGUUCAUGUAUUUCUAUUGUCAGCAUCAGCAUAAACAAUAAAAAGUAGACUUUAACCAAAAGUGUUUUUUAAGAGUUUCCAAGGAGCACAUUGGCAGUUUAUUAUUGCAUGACCCAUAACUGUUCUAACACUCAAGGUUAAGAGAUUGUGUUUCCAUUCCAGGGCAAUUUAUGUAUAAUUUGUCUCCUUAGUGUAUAGUGUAUAAUCAAAAUAGUAUGUUCCAUAAUGUUGAUAUUAAACUGAAUUGUUUUCCAUAUUUAUAUCUGGUAUCGUACUACCAUAAAGAAUGAAAAAUUCAAGACAUAUUUUUCUCAAUAAACAAAAGUAUCAAUAUAGUUAAGACCUUGCCAGUUUUGAUCAUGGAAUGCAAAUAAGAAAGAUGGCACAAUUCAUUACAGUCAUGUGAAU